AUGAAGCAGAAGAACAAGAAGCAGAACCAGAAGAGCUCUGGCUAUGGAUGUGAGGAAGAGGCAGAGCGUGAGAAACAGAGGAGGCUACUUCUCCAAAACGCUGCGUUUCGUGAGGUCCGAAGGAAAUCUGGGGUUGAGUACUCGAGCUCCAGCUCGUCGGAUUCGAGCAACGGAACCGGCGCCGGGUUCUCUUCCUCCGACGACUCGUUCUCCAUCCCUGUCCCCAGAUCCCAAGUUCUCAAGCCGAUUCGAACCUCUACCACCUCCUCAUCGGAAGCUAGGCCGCGGCAGGAAAAAUCGGACGUCGGCGGCGGGGGAGGAUUUGUGAAGAAGAAAUCGAGGUCGUUGAAGAACAUCUACGGCGACUUGAAGAAAGUGAAGCAGCCGAUUUCACCCGGCGGCCGGCUCGCCAGCUUCCUCAACUCGCUCUUCACCGCCGGCACCGCCAAGAAAGCGAAGAUCGGCGGCGACAGAGACGAGAUCCGGCCUUCUAAUUCUACUUCAGCGUGUUCCUCUGCCUCGUCGUUUUCCCGGUCGUGCUUGAGCAAAACGCCGUCGUCCCGCGGCGGCGGAGGAGGCGGGAAGCGGUCGGUGAGGUUUUAUCCGGUGAGCGUCAUCGUCGACGAGGAUUCCCGGCCGUGCGGGCACAAGAGCGUGUACGGCGAGAGGCGGGAGGACGCAAUGGCGAUAUCGACGACGAGAGUGGUCUCCGCCGGAAUCAACAACCCGGCGGCUGCAGCGGCGGGGAGUGAAGAACUGAAGUAUCGCGUGAUGAGUGAGAGCCGCCGCGUGGAGGAGGUGGCGAGGGAGCUUUUGAAGAGUUAUAAGCAGAUGAAGAGCGCCGCCGCGGUUGAGGAAGAGCUGUUUUCGUGGCGCCGACGUGGAGAUGAGGUAGAGAUGGAGGUCGACGAGGAGGAUGACGACGUGGCAAGCUGUGCCAGCUCGGAUUUGUUCGAGCUGGACAAUCUCUCGUCGAUUGAAGGGAUCGAGAGGUACAGAGAGGAAUUACCGGUUUAUGAAACUACCCAUUUCAAAACCAAUCGAGCGAUUGCCAACGGUUUAGUCUACUAA